GUUUUCUAUAUACUAGCUUAUUACAUCUCACAAAAGACUAGAUAGCUUGGUACAGGAGUAGAGAUGAUGAGGGGAAAUGGGAGGAGAGUGAGACAGUACAAUAGAUCGGAUGUACCGAGGCUCCGGUGGACGGAGGAGCUCCAUCGACGCUUCGUCGAGGCUGUUGAAUGCCUUGGAGGAGGAAAAAAAGCAACACCAAAGCGUAUCUUACAGCUGAUGGGUGUGAAGGGACUGAGCAUAUCUCAUAUCAAAAGUCAUCUUCAGAUGUACAGAAGCAUGGGCGAAAACCAAACAAACUUUCAUGUAUUUCUAUCGACCGAAGAUCUAAACAAGCAAAAGAGACUGCACCCAAACACAAGGUCGUGUUUCGAUGAGAUGCGAAGAGGUUUGUCGCUAGAACAGAACAAACUAGAGCAGGUGAUUCAGAUGAACGCUUGCGAUCUGACGUUGUCUUCUAUAAAUUACCAAGAAACCAGUGACUGGGGUUCUAGUAUUGAGUUCGACGCGUCUGAAGAAUUCAGUGGCCUCGAAGAAGAUGAAGUUGAAAUUAAGGGAGACGUGAAUUUGGAUCUUACCAUCUCAUGCAUCAACUGCUCCUAGAGUAGUUAAUUUAUCUGUAAAUAGACAGAGCUAUAUGUAUGUUCCUUGUUUAGUUAGAUACAAAUGAAGGAUGAGUUUCUAGUUUGAUAUCCAGUGUAUUGGGUUCUUUUUGUAUAAUUAUUUUCA